GCCGUUAGUGGGGUGGCUGCCGUGUUCCAGUUUUUUUGUUAACUGCAGUUUUCUUGCGAAGGAAAACUCCUGGAGGCCUUUCCCUUACGUUAAGCAGCUUUGCUUCUGUAGUCAUAUGUUUUCAAGCACGUUCCCGGCGUUUGAUGUCAGAUGUCAGUCACCCCGAGCUGCCGCAGGUUGGAACAGAAGAUUUCAGUGGGACAGUCCAGUGUUUGAGCUCAGGACUGCCUGUCCUGAUCUCUGCGAAUAAAGGUUCACUUCAGUUUGAAGACAAAUGGGACUCCAUGCGCCCAAUUGUUCUGAAACUUCUUCGUCAGGAGUCUGUCACGAAACAGCAAUGGUUUGAUCUGUUUUCAGAUGUACAUGCAGUUUGCUUGUGGGAUGAUAAAGGUCCAGCAAAAAUCCAUCAAGCUCUGAAGGAAGACAUCCUUGAUUUUAUUAAACAGGCACAAGCAAGAGUGCUGAGUCACCAGGAUGAUACAGCUCUACUCAAAGCCUACAUCGUGGAGUGGCGCAAGUUCUUCACCCAGUGCGACAUUUUGCCCAAGCCCUUCUGUCAGUUAGAGAUCACUCUGAUGGGCAAGCAGGGCAGCAACAAGAAGUCCAACGUGGAGGACAGCAUUGUUCGAAAGCUCAUGCUAGAUACGUGGAAUGAAUCCAUAUUUUCAAAUAUCAAAAAUAGACUUCAGGACAGUGCAAUGAAGCUAGUUCAUGCUGAAAGACUAGGAGAAGCUUUCGACUCCCAGCUCGUUAUUGGAGUUCGAGAAUCAUAUGUUAACCUUUGUUCUAAUCCUGAAGAUAAACUUCAGAUAUAUCGGGAUAACUUUGAAAAAGCAUAUUUGGAUUCAACAGAGAGAUUUUAUAGAACACAGGCUCCUUCUUAUUUACAACAAAAUGGUGUACAGAAUUAUAUGAAAUAUGCAGAUGCUAAACUUAAAGAAGAAGAGAAAAGAGCACUACGAUAUUUAGAAACAAGACGUGAAUGUAACUCUGUAGAAGCACUCAUGGAGUGCUGCGUCAACGCCCUGGUGACAUCUUUUAAAGAGACUAUUUUAGCUGAAUGCCAAGGCAUGAUCAAACGAAAUGAAACGGAAAAGUUGCAUUUAAUGUUUUCACUGAUGGAUAAAGUUCCGAAUGGCAUAGAGCCUAUGCUAAAGGAUUUGGAAGAACAUAUUGUUAGUGCUGGACUUGCAGACAUGGUAGCAGCUGCUGAAACUAUUACUACUGAUUCUGAGAAGUAUGUAGAGCAAUUGCUCACGCUAUUUAAUCGGUUUAGCAAGUUGGUUAAAGAAGCUUUUCAAGAUGAUCCAAGAUUUCUUACUGCCAGAGAUAAGGCAUACAAAGCAGUUGUGAAUGAUGCUACAAUAUUUAAACUUGAAUUGCCAUUGAAGCAAAAGGGUGUUGGAUUGAAAACACAGCCAGAAUCCAAAUGCCCUGAGCUUCUUGCUAAUUACUGUGACAUGUUGCUAAGAAAAACACCACUAAGCAAAAAACUAACCUCUGAAGAAAUUGAAGCAAAGCUUAAAGAAGUGCUUUUGGUACUUAAAUAUGUACAGAACAAAGAUGUUUUCAUGCGAUAUCACAAAGCUCACUUAACAAGACGUCUGAUAUUGGAUAUAUCAGCUGAUAGUGAAAUUGAGGAGAAUAUGGUGGAAUGGCUCAGAGAAGUGGGAAUGCCAGCAGACUAUGUAAACAAGCUGGCUAGAAUGUUCCAGGAUAUCAAAGUCUCUGAAGACUUGAACCAGGCCUUCAAAGAAAUGCACAAAAAUAAUAAACUUGCUUUACCAGCUGACUCUGUGAAUAUUAAAAUUUUAAAUGCUGGCGCCUGGUCCCGAAGUUCUGAAAAAGUGUUUGUCUCGCUGCCUACGGAGUUAGAAGAUCUUAUCCCAGAGGUUGAAGAAUUUUAUAAAAAGAAUCACAGUGGUAGAAAACUCCACUGGCACCACCUCAUGUCCAAUGGAAUUAUAACAUUUAAGAAUGAGGUUGGCCAGUAUGACUUGGAGGUAACAACAUUUCAGCUGGCUGUGCUGUUUGCGUGGAACCAAAGACCCAGAGAGAAGAUCAGCUUUGAAAAUCUUAAACUGGCAACUGAACUCCCUGAUGCAGAACUUAGGAGGACUUUAUGGUCUCUUGUAGCAUUUCCAAAGCUGAAACGUCAGGUUUUAUUAUAUGAACCUCAAGUCAAUUCACCCAAAGACUUUACAGAAGGAACCCUCUUCUCGGUGAACCAGGAGUUCAGUUUAAUAAAAAAUGCUAAAGUUCAGAAGAGGGGCAAGAUAAAUUUGAUUGGUCGAUUGCAACUUACUACAGAGAGAAUGCGGGAAGAGGAGAAUGAAGGAAUAGUCCAGCUAAGAAUAUUGCGAACCCAGGAGGCUAUCAUCCAAAUAAUGAAGAUGCGGAAGAAAAUCACUAAUGCCCAGCUUCAGACUGAACUGGUAGAAAUAUUGAAAAACAUGUUCUUGCCACAAAAGAAAAUGAUAAAAGAGCAAAUUGAAUGGCUUAUAGAGCACAAAUAUAUCAGAAGAGAUGAGUCAGAUAUCAACACCUUUAUAUACAUGGCAUAAUUGGAGGACUCUUCAGGAUGCUGAGAACAUAAAUGGAAAGGUGCUUGGACAGACAGCUGCAACAGUUUGUACUGCAGAAGGACUUGUUUUGACUUUCGUUACAUAUUAAAAUCCCUGCCUUACCUUACAGAGGACUAUAUUUUGCCAAUCUCAUUCAGCUAGCAUGAUGGCAUUCCCUUCAUGUUGCACACUUUUAACAGCAUGCUGUUUUGUGGGAAACUUGCAUUCAUGAAGAGCCCAUUGUGAACUUUUUAAAGUAGAUUUGAUUUACACCCACCAGGAAGAAUACAGGUUUGGGUUUUUAGAUGACCAGUACUUGCACAAGGAAAAAAUACUCAAAUAUUCAUGCACUGAGGAACUGCUAUUACUUUUGUUUUGAGUUUGUUUUUUGUUUCCUUUGGUUUUGGUUUUUGGGUUGGUUUUUUUUUUUCUUUGUAAUGCAAUUAGGACUAGAAGUAGCACUUUCACUUUUGUGUUUUGGAUCAACAGAGUAAUGUACUGUCCAUCUCUGAUCCUUUUCAUGUAAUAACAUUUGAGAGACACAAACACAUGCAUCACAACUGAUACGUAUUUGUUACAGUUAAAACCUGUUGGCUAGAGCAGUGCUUCAAUCUAGUAACUGGAUUUUAAUAAUUGACACAUUAAGUGAGAUAAAAGUAAUUCCAAGUCAUUGGUGAUAUUUUUCCCUAAGCAAGAGAUCAUUGUUUUUAAAUUGUUUCCUGUAAACAAGUACAUAUGUUGCUACCUUAUUUGGACGGGUGAUUUGCUAUGAUCUUUUUUGACAAGGUAAAAGUUUCUUGAAUGAUACUUCACUCUAAAAGCAUUUUUCAUGGGUGGGUCUGCUACAGGAACAGAAAUAUUAAGUGUAUUUCCUUGUACAUUUAAUAUUUAUAUCUCAAAUAUUUCAGUAUGACUACAUAUAUCAGGAUGCGUUAAAGAGUAAUUUAUGCACAACUCCCGCAGAAAGAGAAUAGCACUUGAAGAUCCCUGUACUGUUUCCUCAGUGGUCACUUUUAUAUACAUGCAAGGUUAAUCCAAUUGGACUAGUCAACAUCUUUAUAUGAAAAACAAACCCUCUGCUUUUUAUUUUGUAACUGGUUGGGUAGGAAAUACACUAUUAAUGAAAAUGAUAAAACGCUAAGGAAAAUACCUUGUUCAGUGUAUGUAGAGAGAGUGCCAAACACAUCAGGAAUCUCAAUUUCUUAAUGUUACCUCUUCCAUUCUCAAUCAUCUGAAGUAGUCAUUUGGCACUGCCCUACUCUCUGCUGUUCUGAAAUGUCCCAGCAUGUACUGGAGCGAUACCAUGAGUCAUAGGAGCAGAGUGCCUGUCUUAGGACAAAGGUAAGUUGCGCUUUAUUCAGUUCUGUAUGAAUAUUUCUUCUAUAAAUUACAAGUGUGUGAAGUUACUUUUUAAUUAACCAGUUGAACUACAACAUGUUAAGGUGUCAUCUUCUUUGAUGAAAUGGGGAAGAGGAUACAAUUAACUUUAGUCAAAAAAGAAAGCCUUCCAGUAAGUAAGAGGAGUUUUACUUUCACAUGGUUACAGUAAAGUAUGCAGUAGGAGUGGUUUAAAAGCAAACUCUCCAAGAAUGGCUGUUUGCACCCUUAAGCAGGCUGUGUGCUCUGUUACUAAUGUAAAUGCCAGUGUGACUGCCUGAGAACAGUGUGUACUUGGACAUCUGUUUGAGUAAGAAAUUUUUGGUAGUGAGGGUUUCAUGACCAAGAGAUGGAGAAAUCAAGGCCUGGCCAAUUACAAUUGAUUGAAAUCCUACAGCUUGUGUUACAUGCUUCUAUUGGUACUCAAAAGUAGAUGCUG